CGGCGCUCGUGCACGGAAGGCGACGCUCGGCGGCGGCUCCUCCUCGGACCAUGGUCUGCGGGGGAGGAGGGAGGCUCGGCGUCGCUGCGAUCUUGGCGGGGCUUCGAUCGGGUUUUCUGCACCUUCAGACCAGCUUUGUCCAUACACAGUUUGACAGACGACCAUCUAAGGUAGUCCUGCACACCAGCAUGAAGGUGGAGCUCCUUCCAGCCCUCACGGACAACUACAUGUACCUCCUCGUUGACGAAGAAACCAGGGAGGCUGCUAUAAUUGAUCCUGUGCAGCCCCAGAAGGUUCUGGACGCUGUCAGAAAGCACGGUGUGAAAUUGACCACAGUUCUCACGACACACCAUCACUGGGACCAUGCUGGUGGCAAUGAGAAACUUGUAAAGAUGGCGCCGGGGUUACAAGUGUACGGGGGAGAUAGCAGGGUUGGAGCCCUCACCCAGAAAGUCUCUCAUCUUAUGUCAUUUCAGGUGGGCUCCCUGAAUGUGAAAUGCCUUGCAACCCCCUGCCACACCUCGGGACACAUCUGCUACUUUGUGACUAAGCCGAACAGCUCGGAGCCCCCGGCUGUGUUCACAGGGGACACCCUGUUUGUGGCUGGCUGUGGAAAGUUCUUUGAAGGAACCCCCGAGGAGAUGUACAGAGCCCUGAUUGAGAUCUUGGGGCGUCUCCCUCCUGAAACGAAAGUCUACUGUGGCCACGAAUAUACCAUCAACAAUUUAAAGUUUGCCCGGCACGUGGAACCCAACAGCAGUGCGAUCCAGCAAAAACUCGCAUGGUCAAAGGCAAAAUAUGACAGUGGGGAGCCGACCAUCCCAUCAACCAUUGGCGAAGAGUUCACGUACAACCCAUUCAUGAGAGUGAGAGAGGCAACGGUGCAGCAGCAUGCCAGGGAAACAGACCCCAUCCGGACCAUGGGAGCCCUCCGGAAAGAAAAAGACCACUUCAGAGUUCCAAAGGAGUAAGCUCCACCAUGAUGCUCAGCUGCUUUUGUCCGUAACUGAUUCAGUUAAGGAAGCUGAAGAUGCAUUGCUGUGUUUUGUUAAAAUUUUGUUAAGUAAUUUUAUUUUUGUCCUAAAAGGAAAAACAAACCAACAAAGCACUUUCUUUGCUCUUAAUGGAGAUGUUCUUUAUGCUAUUUAAAAGAUGUUAAAAUCUAAUUAUUCUUGUAAUCUGAAUUUCAACCAGGAUGUAGGACUGGCUCUCUUUAUUUUUCAGUAAUACAUGAAAAACGACUGUGGAUGUGAAUUUGGAAGAGUUGCCCUAAUUCUCUUGCUGGGACAAAAUCUGGAUGAGCUCUGCCCCCGCAUUUGGGGUGUCUCUGAAUGCAAAUCUGGGCUUUAGCUGGAAAGCUGAGCAGAGCCCCUUGCUUUCUCCAUUGCUUCUCGUGACGUAACAAGCAAGCGAAUUUAGGGCACAGAACUUUGCACGCUUGGACAGGCAGGUGCCCUGCAGCCGGGCUGGGAUAUACUGGGAGUUCUGGGGGUUUCUCUGUCUGCCUAAGCACGGCCGUUGCGCUGUGCACACGGAUGGCUGCAGAGAUUUUGGAGCCUGGGGAUGAACUGACCACCCCUUCGCCCUUUGUCCCCUUAUCUCUGUGCAGAGGAAAGAUGCAAUUUCUGAUAGCAGUAGAGUUUAUUUAGACAUGCACUUUUGAAAAAUAAGUUUCAGCCCUUUUUAAGUGUCAUGGCUCCCAACCAAGGAACUCUGGGAUCUGUAGAUGUAGGGAGUGGACUGAAACUUGAAAGGGAUGUAAAGUUAGACAUGUCCCUUCUCUGUCUGAAGGCCACUAUUGCUUAUUAACCCUUCAGCAUGAACAAGUGUUUAAUAACCUGCUGGAAUGGUCAUUCCCUGCUGAUUCAGCUAAUGCCUUCGUGCAGACAUGCAAGAGUGCAAAAGAGCGACUGACGGGGCCAGAGCACGGAGGAGUCCCAAGCUUCAGCGGGCUUUGAGACCGCCUUGGCUUCCACACCUGGCCCUGGGGCCCCCGGAGCAGGGCUCUGUGGAAGGGGGAGGGGCCCCAGCACGCAACUUUCAGCGCAGCCUCGCAGUGCUCCAGACCUGGGAGGGAUUCCGGAAGUGCCACGGAACACAGCUGAGGCUUGCGCCGAUCGCAAAAGGAAAGGCAGCGUGUGGGGGCCCUUCCCCCCCUCCCCACUGCAGUUGCGUGGGGCCUUAGCCCCUGCCUGCCUCUUUCUUGCACUUUGCACAGAAGGUGCUGGAGCAGUGCAUGGGGAGGACGUUUCCGUGUCGCCCUUUUUGAGUCUUGUUUGCUGCCAGAAAGGAGGAUUGUUUUGCUUUGGUGGGAGAACUUCUUAACAGAUACUUGGCCCGUUUGCAGGCUGAAAUGGCAGGAACCGGAAGUAGCCGCUUCGUGCUGCACCUGGCAUGAAACAGCUCGUGCUGCCAGUACGCUUUUGCGCACUCUGCAGCCAUGUGCGGGUGCCAAGGCAGCAAGAAGCGGGUGGGCCUGUUGCAGUGACGCUUCUCUGCCCAGAGAGGGACUUCAAAAACAAAACUGCUGCUGGCCUCCAUUGUGCAGAUUUUGUUUUAAAUAGAGGAUUGUGUCCGCUCUGUGGUCAAUAAACAUAUCUUGCACUAAA